AGUCGCAGAGGUUAUUCAGAAUAUUAACGACGAGUGUUAACAGUCAACAAGUUUGUCUGGUAUUGCUGUUUAUCUUUUGGAUUUAAGAUGAACUUGAAACAAGGAAUAUUACUCUAUGUAAUCUUCCCACUUUUGGCAUUCUCAGCAAAUGGAAUUGAAGGUCAUCUUGUCGCUUACUAUCCUUUAAAUGGGGAAUUUAAAGCCAGAGAAAUUGACAAUAAGCAGCCAGCUGGAGUUUUAGGGCAGGUGGAGCUCACAACUGGACCUCAUGGAGAAACCAAUGGAUCCUACCAGUUUUCGGGCAACCCAAACAGUUUCAUAGAGUUCCCCAACGACGGAGGACUAGACACCCUACACUCUAUAACGCUGAUGUGCUGGGUUCAGCCCGGUGGUCGAGACGGACCGCUCUUUAACUACAGGAACUCCGGUGCUUGGGGAGUCCAUAUUUGGAUAGUUAACGGCAAGUUCUUUAACAGGAUCACCAAAUACCCAAAUCAUGCAUUUUUCGAUGCCAUAUUGACUGAUCAGGCACUUCCAGUGGGACAGUGGGCCCAUGUUGCGGCAACUUAUGAUCACAUCACUGGAGUCAACUCUUUGUACGUCAAUGGCCAUUUGUCUAAAACAGAAUACAUCGGCACGACGGAGAGGAUAUCAACCAACGACGGGCAAGUUCGAAUGGGCGUUAAGAUUGGCGACUCCAGAUACUUUAAUGGAAAAAUAGCUCAGAUGAAAGUUUAUGACGAUGCGUUAGAUGAAGUCGAUAUAAAAGCUGCCAUGAAUGAAGGUGAUCUUAUCGCUUACUAUCCUCUAAACGAGGAAUUUAAAGCAAGGGAAAUUGACGAUAAGCAACCGGCUGGAGUUUUAGGGCAAGUGGAGCUCACAACUGGACCCCAUGGAGAAACCAAUGGAUCCUACCAGUUUUCAGGCAACCCAAACAGUUUCAUAGAGUUCCCAAAUGACGGAGGACUAGACACCCUACACUCUAUAACGCUGAUGUGCUGGGUUCAGCCCGGUGGUCGAGACGGACCGCUCUUUAACUACAAGAACUCCGGUGCUUGGGGAGUCCAUAUUUGGAUAGUUAACGGCAAGUUCUUUAACAGGAUCACCAAAUACCCAAAUCAUACGUUUUUCGAUGCCAUAUUGACUGAUCAGGCACUUCCAGUGGGACAGUGGGCCCAUGUUGCGGCAACUUAUGAUCACAUCACUGGAGUCAACUCUUUGUACAUCAAUGGCCAUUUGUCUAAAACAAAAUACAUCGGCAAAACUGACAGAAUAUCAACGAACGACGGGCAAGUUCGAAUGGGCGUUAAGAUUGGCGACUCCAGAUACUUUAAUGGCAAAAUAGCUCAAAUGAAAGUUUUUGACGUUGCUCUAGAUGAAGCCGACAUACAAGCUGCCAUGAAUGAAGGUCAUCUUAUCGCUUACUAUCCUCUAAACGAGGAAUUUAAAGCAAGAGAAUUUGACAAUAAGCAGCCAGCUGGAGUUUUAGGGCAGGUGGAGCUCACAACUGGACCCCAUGGAGAAACCAAUGGAUCCUACCAGUUUUCAGGCAACCCAAACAGUUUCAUAGAGUUCCCAAAUGACGGAGGACUGGACACCCUGCACUCUAUAACCCUGAUGUGCUGGGUUCAGCCCGGUGGUCGAGACGGACCGCUCUUUAACUACAAGAACUCCGGUGCUUGGGGAGUCCAUAUUUGGAUAGUUAACGGCAAGUUCUUUAACAGGAUCACCAAAUACCCAAAUCAUGCGUUUUUCGAUGCCAUAUUGACUGAUCAGGCACUUCCAGUGGGACAGUGGGCCCAUGUUGCGGCAACUUAUGAUCACAUCACUGGAGUCAACUCUUUGUACGUCAAUGGCCAUUUGUCUAAAACAAAAUACAUCGGCAAAACUGACAGAAUAUCAACGAAUGACGGGCAAGUUCGAAUGGGCGUUAAGAUUGGCGACUCCAGACAAUUCAAUGGCAAAAUAGCUCAGAUGAAAGUUUAUGACGUUGCUCUAAAUGAAGUCGACAUUAAAGCUGCGAUGAAUGAAGGUUUAGAUCCCUGUUCAAGAGAUCCCUGUGUCAACAAUGGCACAUGCGUGGAUAAUGGUGACAACACUUUUAAAUGCAUGUGUCCUCCCGGUGUCACUGGUGAUCGCUGCCAAGUCCGUAAGAAAAAUGAUGAUCUUAUUGCUUACUAUCCUCUAAAUGGGGAAUUUGAGGCAAGAGAAAUUGACAAUAAGCAGCCAGCUGGAGUUUUAGGGCAGGUGGAGCUCACAACUGGACCCCAUGGAGAAACCAAUGGAUCCUACCAGUUUUCAGGCAACCCAAACAGUUUCAUAGAGUUCCCAAAUGACGGAGGACUGGACACCCUGCACUCUAUAACCCUGAUGUGCUGGGUUCAGCCCGGUGGUCGAGACGGACCGCUCUUUAACUACAAGAACUCCGGAGCUUGGGGAGUCCAUAUUUGGAUUGUUAACGGCAAGUUCUUCAACAGGAUCACCAAAUACCCAAAUCAUGCGUUUUUCGAUGCCAUAUUGACUGAUCAGGCACUUCCAGUGGGACAGUGGGCCCAUGUUGCGGCAACUUAUGAUCACAUCACUGGAGUCAACUCUUUGUACAUCAAUGGCCAUUUGUCUAAAACAAAAUACAUCGGCAAAACUGACAGAAUAUCAACGAACGACGGGCAAGUUCGAAUGGGCGUUAAGAUUGGCGACUCCAGAUACUUUAAUGGCAAAAUAGCUCAAAUGAAAGUUUUUGACAUUGCUCUAGAUGAGGCCGACAUUAAAGCUGCGAUGAAUGAAGGUUUAGACCCUUGUUCAGAAUAUCCCUGUGCCAACGAUGGCACUUGCGUUGAUAGUGGAAACAAUACCUUCGAAUGCAUAUGUCCUCCCGGUGUGACUGGUGAUCGCUGCCAAGUCCGUAAGUACCAAAGCUUAGACCCCUGUUCAGAAUAUCCGUGUGUCAACGAUGGCACUUGCGUUGAUAAUGGAAACAAUACCUUCGAAUGCAUAUGUCCUCCCGGUGUGACUGGUGAUCUUUGCCAAGUCCGUAAGUACCAAAGUUUAGACCCCUGUUCAGAAUAUCCCUGUGCCAACAAUGGCACAUGUGUGGAUAAUGGAAACAAUACCUUCAAAUGCAUAUGUCCUCCCGGUGUCACUGGUGAUCGCUGCCAAGUGCAUACCUACCAAAGUUUAGAUCCCUGUUCAGAAUAUCCCUGUGCCAACGAUGGCACAUGCCUGGAUAAUGGAGACAACACCUUCAAAUGCAUAUGUCCUCCCGGUGUCUCUGGUGAUCGCUGUCAAGUCCGUUUGGACCCCUGUUUAGACUAUCCCUGUGCCAACAAUGGCACAUGCGUGAAUAAUGGAGACAAUACCUUCAAAUGCAUAUGUCCUUCCGGUGUCCCUGGUGAUCGCUGUCAAGACCCCUGCAGCCCUCCUGGAGAGUCCAUUAAUGCUGCUAAUGGUCACAUUUCCAGCCUCAAUUUUCCCAACAACUAUGACGCAAACAGGAUUUGUACCUGGAAUAUCACCGUACCCGGUGGGAAAAUCAUCAAACUGACCUUCUUGAAUUUUACCCUGGUAGCAGGUGAAAACGAUGACUGUGCUGGAGCGGCAGCAGAUAGUGCCCGAGUCUUCAUCACAAACGUUGCCUCUCAUGGAGGAAAUCCUAAUGACUUUAAGAUCUGUGGUCAAAAGCUUCCCCCUCCUGUGUACUCCGAAGGAAAUUUCAUUCAAGUGAGAUUUGAAUCUCGCACCGGCCCUGUAAACAAAGGGUUCAAUGCAACCUUUGAGGCGAUAGAUGAAGAUUCACUGUGCCCAACAGAUGUGGUCCUCGAUGAAACAUCAGGUUCUUUCUCCACUCCCUUUAAUCCAAGAAACUAUCCAUUCAACCAGACGUGUAGCUGGAAGAUUAUAGGGAAGCAAGGAUACCAUGUUGAGCUCUCAUUACCAGACUAUAAUAUUCAACGUUGUGGUGGCAUUGCUUGCUCGUGUGAUUAUAUGGAAGUCCAGAAUAGCUUCAGUGAUCAAGUGCCGCCUGGAAAACUAUGUGGUACACCAAGGUUUAUUCCUGUCAUAUUUUAUUCACUGCACGAAAGCCUGAGGGUGGUGUUUGUGUCCGAUGAUACAAGCAUGGAUUUUGACGGAUUUGAGGCAACUUACAGACUGUUGAACUACAGUCCUCCAAUUUGUCCCAGGGAAGCAAUUCCUCUCUCAGGCAGCGGGAAAAUAAGCAGCACAAACUACCCAAAGAGUAACUACACUGCAUCCAGAGAUUGUACCUGGAACAUUACCGCGCCAGCUGACAAAAUUGUAAAGUUUACGUUUACUGAUUUUGUCUUAAGUGAGUGUUCAGACAGUCAUUGUUCGGAUUCUUGUUCUUAUGUGGAGCUUUAUGAUGGUGGGUCAACAAGUUCGCCUUUGCUUGGGCGAUUUUGUCAGGGGUCGUCUUGGAAUGAAACUCAUUUGUCGAGUGGAAACCAAAUGUUUGUGAUGUUCCAUCCUGGACAAACAGUUGAUCGUGGAUUUGAAGCGAAAUAUGAAUCCACAACGACCGGUGACCCCUGUUCAGAAUAUCCCUGUGCCAACGAUGGCACAUGCGUGGAUAAUGAAGACAGUACCUUUAAAUGCAUAUGUCCUCCCGGUGUCACCGGUGAUCGCUGCCAAGUCGGUUUAGACCCCUGUUCAGAAUAUCCCUGUGCCAACAAUGGCACUUGCGUGGAUAAUGGGAACAAUACCUUCAAAUGCAUAUGUCCUCCCGGUGUCACUGGCGAUCUCUGCCAAGUCGAUAUUGAUGAGUGUCAGGAGAACAAGGACCACUGUCAAGAUAUCUGUGAGAAUACUAUGGGGAGUUACUACUGCUCUUGCUCAGAUCCAGAGUUAAGCGUUGCACGAGACAAGCGCCAUUGUAUUGCCGCGGGAGUGGAAGUAGACUGUGGCCAAGACGAAAUGACUAUUACUCUACCCAAGUCUCUCCUCUUGGGUCUUGACCGUGAACACCUGAGACUAAUAGACGCGAACUGCACAGCCACUGAAAACAAGACUCACUUUUUCCUUCAUACCGAAACUGGAAAGUGUGGUACCAUUUUGAAGCAUAAUAAAGAUUACGUUAUAUACAGCAACAUGGUGUCCGAAAUACCUACAGAAGAGAACAAGAUUGUGACGCGCUUGCGCCAGGCUAUGAUCCCCUUCCACUGCUUUUACUCCAAUUGGGGUGCGGUGUCCUCCAUUGGAAUCAGGCCAUCAAGCACGAAGAUCGUUUUUUCUUCCAGGGGAUUUGGAAAGUUUACUCUCAGUUUGGAUUUGUUCCGAAGUUCUCAAUUCAUUGCUCCCUUCUCUCAGGAUGACUUCCCUGUUGAAUUCACAAUCCGUGAACGAGUGUACUUUGAAACCCGUGUCGACAGCGAGGACUCAACAUUGUCAAUCUUAGCCCUGAACUGCUAUGCCACCCCCAAUCAGGACAGGAAUUCUCAGCCCAGAUAUGAUAUUAUUAAGGACGGGUGCUCGGUCGACAGUGAUGACACGCUUCAAUUCCAUGACAGUCCAGACAACCAGUCUCAGCGCUGGAGCCUGGAGGCCUUCCAAUACGUCGGGAGGGACACGUUUGUGUUUUUCCAUUGCGAGGUCCAAAUUUGUGACGCCGCAGAUCCUGCCUCAAGAUGUGCUCAAGGCUGCGUACAGAGAAGACGACGAAGCGAGAAGGUUCUUCAUGACAACCCGGGUAACAAAUACGCUCUGGCCCAAGGUCCUAUCGCACUGAACCGCGAGAACAGAGAGGCGGAAGCGAUUGCCUUGGAUGAGAGUAAGCCCAAAGUUAAUACAGGUUUCAACAUUCCUGUUGUUGCCUCGUUGGGUGUGUUCAUUGGAUUUUGCAUUGUGGGAAUGGCAUGGCUGAAGAUAACUUCGGAUAGAAAGAGAGUCGCAAAGCAGUUCAUACCGCUUUACGAGGACCUGCAAAAGUGAUAACUUCUUAUAAGACUUUCUGACCACUUUUGCUGAGCGUAGAUGUUUAAAAAAGUCUUAACGCAAUUCUGGAUAUCGUGUUCAAUGAUAUCCUAAUCGGAGAUCACAUCCUCAUUGCUGUUUGACUACAAUGUCUUAGAAAAGUUACGUUUUCAGCCGUAGAUAUCGCAUAAUCAAGUGCACGUCUUCAACUGAAUUUUCCAUUCACCAGGCCAUUUGUUAACAAUUAAAUUUGCAAUUUUUCGCUUCUUUUAAUGUUUAAUCUGAGCAUAAUCGUGAUUAACUAUUUUUGUAACAAAAUCGAAAAACAUUUUUUACAUGCUAAAGCUUGGACUGACGAUCUUUAAGUCGUCGUUACUUUAAAACGUCAUUUUCAACGGCUUAUUUUCAAUUCAAUGCACUUUUCCCACCUUCUUGAACCCUCAGUCAGUCUGAUUAUAGCCCCCAGUGGCUAUCAUCUCUCAUUGGUAUAUCUGAUUUAGGAGCUGGUUUGGUAGAUUUGCCGUCCUACAUGAAUGAUUAGUUAUCUUCUGGCAUCAGUAAGUUGAAGCAUUUUGGUAGUCUUGAAGAAUAAAAAAUAAAAAAUCCACGUGCUAACAGACUCAUGUCAUUUAUACU